CAGAGCGCAGGAGGCGGGCCUUGUCUGCUUUCAAUCAAUAACCUCUGGAAUUCAGAAAUACAAGUAGGUCCUGUCUCUGGCAGGCUGUACCACAGCGAGGAGGGCGGGCUCCCACGCAGACUCCACUCAGCGGCGCUUUGCUCCCGGCAUUUUUUCCUCCACUCAAAGUGUUUUGCGUGCCCGCCACGAUGGCCGAUCACACAUCUUCAGAUUACUUUAGCUGUACCUUGUGCGUGAAUCUCCUGAGGGACCCGGUGGCUAUUCCUUGCGGUCACAGUUUCUGUAUGGACUGCAUCAGCGGCUACUGGAACGAGGCGGACUACACGGGGAUUUACAUUUGCCCCCAGUGCAAGAUCACCUUCACCCAGAGGCCCGUGCUACGUCCCAACGCCACUCUCAGCAUGGUGGCCGAGAAGAUCAAGAAGAGCGGACUGAACCUCAACGUCCACGUACCCCAAGGGAACGGCUACGCCGGGCCGAGCGACGUCCCCUGCGACUUCUGCUCCGGGAAAAAACUCAAGGCCGUCAAAUCGUGCCUGAACUGUCUGGCGUCCUACUGUGAGAAACACCUGAAGCCCCACUACGAGUCAGCCACAUUCAAAAGGCACAAGUUAGUGGACGAGUUGGGAAACCUGGACAGGAAGAUCUGCCCGCAGCACCAGAAAUCCUUGGAGCUCUUCUGUCGAACCGACCAAAUGUGUAUCUGUGCCAUCUGCACGGUCAGUGAACACAAAGGCCACGACAUUGUCUCCGCUGAGGCCGAGAGGAGCGAGAAACAGAAACUUUUGGGAAUCUCCACAUCUGAGAUAAGACAAAAAUGUCAAGAACGUGUGAAGGAGUUGGAGGAGUUGAAGACUGCAGUAGAUUCACUAAAGAACUCGGCCCAGCGAGCCAUGGUGGAGAGUCAGAAGAUGUUUGAGGACAUGAUUCGUUCCAUAGAGAGGAUGAGGUCAGAGGUGACCAAGCUGAUCGGGAUCAACGAGAAAGCUGCAUUGAACCAAGCCGAGGCUUUGGUCGAGCGUCUGGAACAGGAGAUUGAUGAACUGAAGAAAAAGGAGUCAGGCUUGAAGCAGCUUUAUAGUACAGAUGACCACAUCCAUUUUUUGCAGAACUUCAACUACCUGUGCACCCCCACUGAUGACGGCUUCAUACCAAAGGUCACCGUGAACCCCGACUUUUCCUUUGGAGCCGUCAGGAAAGCUGUUGCUGCCAUCAAGGAGCGUCUGGAAGAGUUUGGCAGGGAAGAGCUGAUGAUGAUCUCCAAGACAGUGAAUGAUGUUCCGGUGUACACAUCAGAAAGUCGAACCCUGGACAGAAGGAGCAAAGGUCAAGACUACAACAUGACCACAGUGGACAGGAGUCAUGCUAACCCAGAACCAAGGAGCAGAGCAGAUUUUAUCAAAUACUUCUGUCAGCUCAAGUUGGAUCCAGUCACAGCCUACAAAGAGCUGUCCAUCUCUGAGCACAGCAGAAAAGUCAUCCGAACCAGGGACCUGCAGCCCUAUGGAGAAAGCCCAGAGAGGUUUGACAGUUUUGCUCAGGUCCUGUGCCGGGAGGGGCUGUCCGGAGGCCGCUUCUACUGGGAGAUCGAGUGGAGCGGGGAGUUCUCCAUCGGAGCGGCCUACAGGGGUAUCAGCCGGAAAGGCAAAGGCUCAUUGUGUCUGCUGGGCUAUAACGAUAAAUCCUGGAGUCUUCUCUGCUCCGACACCGGCUACUCAGCCUGGCAUAAUAGAGUCGAUAAAACCGUGAGCGGCCCGCACUCACCGAGAAUAGGCGUGUAUUUGGACCAUAAUGCAGGUGUGCUGGCGUUCUACAGUAUCGGAAGUAGCAUGACGCUCCUGCACAGGUUCGAGACCACAUUCACCGAACCCCUUUAUCCGGGCUUUGGAGUUGGAACAUCGGUCAAAAUUUGCAACAUCAAGUGAACAUCAAUGUGAUAUAUUUGAGCCAACACUUACAUUUUGAUAACGUCUUAUAUCAUUCUUUUGGGAUAUAUAUUUUUUGCAUAACUUUGAAAUUGAUGUUACACUCUGUAUUUUGCGAAAUCUAAUUACUUUCACACUUCCAAAGAUCACUGCCAAAAAUAGUAUGUCAUAUCCUGAUAUUUCAUAUUCAUCUUGUUUGAAAGGAUGUGGCAAUUGUUCUUUCGUAAUUCAAACAUAACUGGAAGCAUUGUCACAUUUUUCUUUUUUCUGUAGAAAUAUAUUUUAUUCUCAUGUUCUCCUAUCCCCAAGCCACCCACAGUUCAACUAACCUUUAUUUAAUGUUAUGCACGUGUACUUACAUAGGCCACUCUUUAAUGAAAACCCUGAAGAUAAUUGUUAUCCAGGACAGUUUUAUGUCAUAUUUUGGACAGAUUUAUAGUUUUCAAUAAAGCUAAAUGAAAAAAGUUUCUCUUUUUUUUUCUUCUCAUUCUUAAUGUAACAUAUACGUAAGGAAAUGUGAUAACAAAUUAGGCGUGUACGUAACAAUAGCGCCCUCUAACGGUUAAUGAGAAGAAAUAAAAACCUGCAAAGCAAA